AUGUCGUGUAUCACGCUCCAUGCGUCGGAGUGUCCUGUGAAGCUAGUGACGCUAUUCAAGUCGUCCAACGCAAAGGUAGACCGCACUAUUGGGCUUGAUCUUAAGAGCGGUCAGAACCUUGUGAAGGUGGUGGCUUUGUCUAGCUGUGUCGAUACCGAGUCUGUGCGGAUCACCGAACUCGGUGAUGCUGUUCACGUUUUAAACAUCAGCUGUAAUAUUAGGGUCCCCCAACCGGGUGAUCUCAGCGGUAGGUCUGAGACAGAGCGCAAGCUUCUAGCCCACAAGAAAAGUUUGGAAGACGAGUUAUCUACCAGGCAGCAUGGGCUCGACCUCCUCAUGGGAUACGCGCAGUCCAUCUCAAGCGCAACCACCACCCCGUCGGAUGCGAUAGCCAUCUUGGACACAUGUCUGGACGCGAGGCGCGCCAGUUUGAGGUCGAUCCGGGAGAUAGAGGGACAGAUCGAAGAGGUGGACAAGGCUUUGAAGGAGCAAUCAGGGCUUGAUUGGAGACAAGGCACGACGAAUGGACAGGUCACUUUGGAGAUUAUCUCCUCGCAGGACUGUCACGCUUUGUUCCAGCUUUCCUACUUGGUCUCGCAGGCCAGCUGGGAGCCUCACUAUGAACUUCACGCGAAUACAUCCGAGGGUGUCCGCCAGCCCACCGUCCUGCUUCGCUUCCACGCGCGGGUCACCCAGAGCACGGGCGAGGACUGGAAAGACACCCAGCUUACCUUCUCCCCUCGCUCCGCUUGCACUCUUAUGCCCACCCGCCAGGCCAUUCCUGAGCUCACUCCCCGCAUGAUCACGGUCGAGCACUCCCCGAAUAUCAUCUGGUCUACGGUACAACCCGCAUUUCCUCGCUUCGCCUUGUUCGGGCAGUCAGCCCAAGCCGCGGCUCCUUCCCCUCAAGUCAGUGCAUUUGGCCAGGCCACACAGGCGUCCGUACCCUUGCAGGACACAUCACAAGCCCAACACGGCUCUGAGGGCUCCAAUGUCAGCCAGCAUGCAUCCCAGCCUGACCACACGCCGGACGUCAGUUUGCAGUCCAGCUCUAGCCAGGCGGCAUCUACAGCGCCCACACCAGGAGGUGCCAGGCUUUUCGGUGGCGGGCUUUUCAGUGGCGGGCUCUUUGGUAGUAGAUCUGUCCCCCAUAGCGCGCCUCCAACCGCGCACGACGCCUCAGGGCCGAUGCCAGACCUGCACAUCGGCGGGGAGGGUUUGACGACGGUCGUGCGCGAGACGCCACGCACCGAGGCGUUCCGCCUCGACUCUGCAGGCGUGGAGACAGUCCCGAGCGACGGCACAGCGCAUAACGUGCCCAUCGCGCGGCUCGCGCUCGCCGCCACGUUCGCGUGGGUGUGCGUGCCCCGGGUGUGCGCCGAGGCCUUCAUUGAGUGCCGCAUCGCCAAUGCGAGCGCACACCGCCUCCUCGCGGGCCCCCUCUCUGUCUUCGUCGACGGCACGCUCGUCGUGCGCACGGAGAUUAAGGACACAUACCCCGGCAGCGAGUUCGUGUGCUCACUCGGGCCGGACGAGGCACUGCGCGUCGCGUACCACCGCACAGCGCACACGGCGAGCGAGGGCGAAGGCGACGGUGCGUGGCGCGUACGUACGACGACAUGUACGCUGCGCACCGUGCUGGAGAAUCGCCACGCGUUUGCGCUGCCCGCGGUCGUCGUGCGUGAUUCGGUGCCCGUCGCAGACGACGCCCGUGUGCAGGUGCGCUUGCGUCGCAUUGCUCCGGCCGGCGCCGCGGAGGAUGCGGGCGACACGCUGCCGGCGGAGACGGUGUUGGGGAAGGAUGUGCGCUGGCUGGGCGACGUGACGGGGAAUCUGCGCCAGGACAAGGGUCUGUUGUUCGAGUGGAAGUGCGGCCUGGGGGCAGGAGAGAUGGCUGAGCUGGUCGCGGAGUGGAUCGUGACGGCUCCGUGGGAUGUGGCAUGGAUGGAGGCACAAUGA